GACAAGUAAUUAAAAUGAUAAGAAUCUUCACCUUAGCCUUUUCCUUGGUUCCUUUUUCAGCAAAAUCGCUUAAGUCCAUCAAUCUUUAUUAUUAGCCAGCUGAGCAAAACCUUUUACAAAUUAACUUGCAACAAAAUAAAACCUAAAUUCAAUUUUUCCUUUCUUUUCUUUAAAUUCCACUUCUCACCUCCUCCCCAUCAUCCAUUACCUCACCCAGUGUCAAUUCCACCUCCGUACAGUUCCAUAAUGUGUUGUAUGUCCUCUCCGCAUAUUGUAUGUUUUCUUGUCUCCAUUUUUUUAUUGAUCAGUUUUGACUCCAUCAUCAGUCAGAUCUUGUCGAGGGCUUGUCGAUACCCACGUCCCGUUCAUCUGCAAUGAAAAAUAAAUAAGAUUAAUUAAAAAAAGCGUCAUAGUUGUCGCCCUAGAUUUGCGCGAUUCAUGCAAGAAAAAUAUCCCCGGGCUUCUACAAACGGCAUGUAUCCAUUAUUGUCCUUAUAAUCGUUGAAUUUUACCGCUUAAAUUUUUUGGUGCAAACGGCCAUAAGAAAGUUAACAAUACAGCCGACUUCAUUUGAAACAGACUGUAUAUUUUACAACCCUGCACGGUCACGGAUGCAUAGCCGUCAAGUGGCUGUGGCUGCUGGUGCGUGUCCGAUGUUUUGUUUUUAUUUUCGUUCAUAACCUAAAAUGGAGAAAAUAAAAGCCCAGGAUAACAAAAUAGAUAUCGCCCAAUUGAAAAAAGAUGCCAAAGAAUCCGCCACAAACUCUGUCAUCAAUAUGUUGCAACGGCCAGGGCAGUUGGAGAAAGUGGAGCAGUACAAGCGAAGGCUGGUACGUAAGAAAGCUUCCGUUGAGGCCUUGCUUAAAUCGGCAAUGCAAAGUAAACUGGACGGUGUGCGAGUGGGCUUGAAUCAACUUGGUACGUGCCUGGGCGUCGUUAAAGAAUUGGAGACGAAUUUAAAAGUGAUCAACAACUUGUUUGUCGAAGCACCUGUUUUGUAUAAUCAACUUAGCGAGGUACGAGAGGAAAACAUGCGCCAUUCUCAGUACGUCACGGCUAGAGAAAACCUCAAGCACAUCUUUACAGUUCCGGAAAGUGUAAAGAAAACCGAGCAAUGGAUUAAUGAUGCCAAACUUUUACAUGCACAUCAGUGUUUGAGAGAUUUAGAAAAUUCCCGAGACGACCUCCUCUUCGAACUACACAAGCUACCCAACCAAUCAGCGCACGAUAUAGCGAUGCUAAAGGCUUACUUUGCCGACGUCGAAAAGCUAUCCGACCUACUGGGGAAACAGUUACGUUUAGUAAUGGCACGAACUUUAAAUACCGUCCGUAAGGAACCCACGAUAAUCGUCACGGCGUUAAGAAUAAUAGAGAGGGAAGAGAAGGCGGACGACGAGGCGACGAAGCACUUUAAGCAAAGCGGAUUUAUUCCGCCCGGUAGACCGAAGAGGUGGAAGGCGAUGGCGUUUGAGGUGUUAGAGAAGGCGGUCGCCACACGAAUCGAGGGCACGCAAAUCGAAGAGCGCGACGAUAACAAACUUUGGAUUAUUCGGUACCUCGAACUGAUACGCCAGCUGAUUUUGGAGGAUUUACGCGUCGUGAAAAGUUUGUGCAUCCCUUGCUUCCCUCCACGAUACGACAUUAUGAAUCGAUACGUGCAUAUGUAUCACGUUUGUUUAUCGAAACAUCUGCAAGAAAUAAUACAGAAUGGUUUGGAGGGAAAUGAGUAUGUUUCGAUUUUAGCGUGGAUUUUGAAUACAUACAAAGGGGAGGAGCUCAUGGGACAUCCUGAUUUGAAGGAAAAUACGGCUGGUUUGGAUUUACUGUUACCUCAAGCUGUAUUGAAAAAUUUGCAAAAUCAGUAUCUAAAGAAUAUGGAAAAUAAUUACGUCGAAUGGAUGCAAAAUACGUUAAUUUCCGAAAAGCAAGAGUGGCGCUCCAACAGUCCACCCGAAGAACCCCGCGUCGAUCGCUACCUUCGAACUGCGGCGCCCGUCAUAAUAUUUCAGAUGAUCGACCAAAACUUACAGGUCACGAAAACCAUAAGCGAGUCUCUGAGCAACGAGGCUUUACUGCUCAGUAUCGAGCAGGUGAUCAAGUACGGGCAAAUUUACAGGGAGGCGAUUGUCGAGUUUAAAAAUAAACACUUUGAAGAUCGUAGUCAGGUGCCUUUCUUUACCCAAUAUAUGAUUACUAUCGUAAAUAAUUGCUUGCAAUUGGUCGAACUGGGAAGCCAGUUCGAGAAGCAGUACCUGAGUCAGGGCUUCUCGAAGCAGCAGUCUGAGUGUUUUAAAAGAUUCAAAGAAGUUUAUUAUUGCUUAAGAGACGAGUCCGGCAGGUAUUUACUGGAGGAGGUUUUUCUGGACUUAGAUAAACACUUUGAGGAGCUUUUUGUAUCGGGUCGUUGGCUUCAAAUAUCGCUUCCCGUGGACACGAUAUGUGCGACACUAGAGGACUAUUUCCAGGAUUACAAUCGGCUGGUCGAGACUAAUUUUAAGUUCGUCAUCAACGAAGCUCGGCGAUUGGUGACGAAACGAUACAUCACCGCAAUGCUAUCGAAGAAAGUUUCCUUCAAGACGUACGAGGAAUGCCAAACUGCGGCUAAGCAGAUUUUUAAGGAGGUCGAGCAACUACGUAAAGUAUUCUUGGUGUUUGCGUCCAACACGGUGGAGGGUGACGAUCCCCUCGACAUAAUUCUCAUGUUAUCAGAAAUUUUAAAGUGUGAAGAUGAUAUGAUAUCAUUCGAUCUGCAUAGGCUAGUGGAACAGUAUGCUGAUAUUACUGAAGAUCAUCUCCACAGACUUCUCAAUCUAAGAGGUGACCUACCUAAAUCGGACCUAAAGGAGAAAGUGAGUUUUGUAAUGAAAUCUUCCAAGCCGAAAAUGCAGUUGCAGACGUCUAUAUUUAGUCAGCUUGUAUUUCAAGAUAGAAUUAUUAAUUGGUAGAGUAGUUUGAUUUUAAUUGUUAAUAAAUAAUCAAGUUAUUA